UUCAAAAGGUUGAAAAUCUGGCCUUCACAAACAACUGACACAAACAACAAAGUGGAAAAGUGUGCUGUGGUAUGAGGACUCCACAUUUCAAAUUGUUUUUGUGAAAUCAUAGACGUCCUGUCCUCCAGGCCAAAGAGGAAAAUCAGGCCACAGAGGAAAAUCAGUUAUCAGCGCAAAGUUCAAUAGCGAGCAUCUGUGAAGGCAUCAUUAAUUCAUCAUUGGAUUCUUAGAUUGCCCAUCUGCAUUGAAUAUUGAGGCUGGUUAGUGUAUAUAGGGAACAGAUGAGCAUGAAACAUAUACUGUAUGUAAGUGUGUGGAGUACUCUGCUUAUGAGACAUUUCACCAAGAUGUCACAUGAACUUCCAGGUAGCAAAGGUUUAGCAAUCUUUGACGGAACCACAAGUAAAAAAGCUGUUCUAUGUCAUUUGAACUAGGCAGGGAAAACACGGUAAAAUGGCUUGAAUGAUGAUUUUAGCUUUCUACUCUACCGUCAUAGUUUGAAUGUAUGAAUUGUCAGUCAAAAAUAAGAGCUUACGUGUGGUAAUUUGCUUCUGAGGGAGACAUUUUAAUAGGUAAGUUGGUUAAAAAUAUGUGCAGUGGAACUCUGAUCCAAAAUACCUCAAAUUAGUAAUAAAAUGGGCAUUUUUCCAAUGGAAGUGAAUGCCAAAGGCACAAAAAUGGCAGGCUACAGGUUCUGCUACAGGUUCUGCUAGAUUAAUGUUUAGGUUAUUUUUUGUAGGACAAUCGAUAAAAAUGUAAACCUUUUGGGGUACAUUUGGUGGCACAAGCCAAAACAAAACAAAACAUUUUUGUCAUAAUUUUCACUUCUGGCGUAGUCAAUCACUUUUCUGCCACCUGGAAGUAUCCUGGCGCCUUUGUUUACAAACAUUAAGAAAUGGUCAAAGCCAUGUUAUCUUAAAGGUAACAUUGCAGUUUAUAGCAUUUUGUGAACAAGCAACAGAAUGUUUGUCACUUCUGAAUAACACUUGUUCUCUGUCUUAUUGCAGAGAAACGGCCAUUCCACAAGGACAUUUGGCAGAUUUACGCAUGGCCGUGGUGCUGGAAUUAUCUAAUCAGGAUCUGGCUUGAUGGUGCGCAACGCAAUGAGCUGCAGCUGAGCGCUCUGACCAGUAAACAUAUGUGUCAGGCCAACCGGUGAUUUUAAACCUCAAAUGGGUACGAAGAGGAUUGGUCGUGUGGGUGAGAGGGAUGCUGGUUUCCAUAGUAACAGUGCUCUCCCGUCUGCCCUCUCUUGCUGCCACUACGGAAGCGAAGUUUUCCGCUCCUGCAGAAAGCAAAGCUACGACUCUGAGACCACAGAGGAUGAGACCACUGAGCCCCAGAUGGAACCCAAAGGAGGGCUGGGGAGACACCAAGACAAGACCGCCCGGGGAGGAUCCUUAGGUGAGGGGGAUCGGAUGAUGGACUGUAACCCUGAUGGCUCUGAUCACCGAGCUCCCCUUCCAGGCUCCUAUGACCCCAUCGUAGAACGGGAGCUCAGGGCGCUGGGCUCUCGUCCCCCAGGGCCAAACAUGGACCCCACAAACACAUCCAGGAUUCAGAAUGAUGACGAACCACGUGAGGGUCUGCCCUCUGCACCCUCAAGAUCUCCUCAGCAACCUCCCAUCUUAUGCACAAACCACCCCAAAGCCCCAAAUCAAGGCCAGGAUAAACAUAGACCUCUAGAUCAUUUUUUUCAGCCUGAGACAGAGCAGGCAUCAGACGUUAAUGACACAUUGGUGACCAAACUGGCUCAUGCAGGGCCCAAGUGCUCUGAUAAGGUCAAUGCUUUUGAGGAGCGAAGAGCUAGUGUGGAUCUACCAGCAGUUGGAUCCAUUUCAGAGUUGAAUUACUAUGGAAAGAGCAAUGACGCCAAACAAAAGCGAGCAGCCUUCAAGCAACGAGCCUCCUCUUUGGAGGACAAGAUGAGUUACUCACAGCGGGUUCAGGGCUACCAGAACAAGUUCAGUGAAGAACUGGAAAGGCUCAAAAAGCUUGUUGGCAGCGCAGGCAUGAGAAAGGCAUAUUCGACUGAGCAGCUGUUGACAGGCAAGUUAGAGCCAAUUGCCCCUCAAGUGGUUAAAAAGCUGGAGAAGCUGAAAACCUUGAGUAAAGUUCCUGAAAAAGAUAAGCUGAGCCCAAAGAUAAACCCAGAGCAUUACUCAUCACAAGGAAGAACUGGGAAUAUUAGAGUUACCAUGGAGACAGCACUAGUUCACCAGUUGCCAGGGAAACCAUUGCCAACAGCCACAAAGACCAGACUCACCAGGAAAACCACACAGAACUCUCCAAACACUCUGCUUAUCACCUCACCAGAACACCAAUCUCCCUUAAGCAAGGAAAAGGACAGAUCCCCCAGUCCCAAGGGGAAAAGUGUGUCACCGGUCACAGUGAGGGAAUCCGAGUCACAGUAUUCAAACAAGCCUCCUAGGCUCACCCCGUCACCAACACCUUCCAUCAGCCCUCUUCUAAAGAGGAGGAAGGCAGAGAAAGUGGCCAUUCCUGCCAUCCUGGUGGAGGAUGAAACCAUAAAGAAUGAAGGUGAUCCAGUCCAAAUGCAGAUGAAUGAAGAGAAUAGUGGCUCUGCAGAAGAGGAAAGAGGGAGAGUAGUCAGAGCUCCAGAAGUAAGAAGCACCGCCCACUACUCAGAUGAGAAGUACCUGCGUCCACAGGAAGGGGUGAUGGAACUCCAUGGAGGUGCAUCUGCUCAGACUAAAAGUGUCCAUUUCAAGGAACCUCCCUCCUUCCAGGUGAGGCCAUGUGACCAAGCAGUCAUGGAGGGCCAAGAUGUUGUCAUCUCAGUAAAAGUCACUGGGCAGCCCAAACCGAUGGUUUACUGGCAAAAGGACAAGGUCCCUGUGAAGACAGCUAAACGCUUCUCCUUGAGGCAGACGGAGGAUGGGGCCAGUGAGAUCAGAAUCAUCUCAGCACAGAGGUCUGAUGCAGGGCUCUAUGCCUGUAAGCUUAUUAAUGUGUGCGGAACAAAGCAGGAGGAAUGCAAAGUUGAGGUCAAAGCUGCAACAAAGACCUUCCUGAAAAUUAUCCGAGAGGUCAAAGAUUUGAUGGUGCAGGCCGGUGAGUCGGCCAGGUUUGAAUGUCACAUCACAGGACCUCCAGACGUCGAUGUGGAUUGGCUGUCCAAUGGGAAACUGAUCCAGCCGGCGCUGCUUAACUGCAAGAUGCACUUUGAUGGCCGGAGAUGUCGCCUGCUGCUGAAUUCCGUGCACGAAGACGACAGUGGGACGUACACUUGUAAAUUGAGCACGGCUAAAGAUGAGUUGACCUCCAGUGCAAACCUAAAAGUGACUCCCUCCAAGGAGCCAUUGUUCACACGCAAGCUGGACGUCCUCGAGGUCAUCGCAGGUCGCACGGCCCGCUUAGACUGCAAGGUGAGCGGGUCACCGGCGCCACAAGUCACCUGGAUGCACUUUGAGUCAAGAGUGGAGGAGAGCGACAAUGUUUGCAUUCUCAUAGAGGGGGGCCGCCACUCGCUUGUCAUUGCCAACGUCAGCAGCGAAACAGAGGGCUUCUACACAGCCGUGGCUCAGAACAUUCACGGGAAGUCUGAAUGCACUGCUGAGCUUUACAUACAAGAACACAGGGCCACUGUCUCUUCUCACAUGUCCAAACUUGAGAAGAUGCCAUCCAUCCCAGAGGAGCCAGAGCAGCUGGAGAGUGACAUGGUGAAGAGAACCAUGCCAGACUUUGUCAAACCUCUGGCUGAUCUAGAAGUGAUCGAAGGCAAAGAGGCUGUGCUAAACUGCAAGGUGACAGGCCUGCCUUACCCGGCCAUCAGCUGGUACCACAACGGCAAGUGCAUUGAGAGCAGCGAGGAGCACAAAAUGACCCAGAACAGGGAUAUCCACAGUCUGGUCAUUCAGACCGCUUGUCAUGCUGAUGGUGGAGUCUACAAGGCCGUGAUCGCUAACAAAGUUGGCAAAGCAGCCUGCUAUGCACAUUUAUACGUUACAGAUAUCGUUCCAGAUCCACCUGAUGGCCCUCCAGUCAUAGAGGCCAUCACAGGAAAAACUAUAAGCCUCAGCUGGAACAAAUCAAAGAGAUUAAAUCCAUUUUAUGAUCCUGGCUCCUUGUUGUAUGUGCUCCAGCAGCAACCUCUGGGUUCCAUUCAGUGGUCCACUGUGGCAUCUAACUUGACGGAAACCAGCUACACAGUCACUAGCCUUUCCAAGGGGGUCCGCUAUGCUUUCAGGACACUGACGUCCACCGGAAAGACACUCAGCAAGCCUUCACCAUCCACAGAUCUAGUCCAGCUCCUGGACAGAGGACCUUACUUGAGGAAAGCGCCAGUCAUCACGGACAAACCUGAUGUUGUGUAUGUGGUUGAGAACCAACCCGUAAGCAUCACCAUCACCCUGAACCAUGUGCACGCCACAAUCACUUGGAAAAGGAGGGGCGUGGUAUUGGUCAACAAACCAGGGGUGUGCGAGAUGAGCAUGCCGGAUGACGAUCAACACUCCUUGAAGCUUCAGCGCGUCAAGGCCUUGGACCUUGGCCAGCUGGUGGUGAUGGCGAGCAACCAGUUUGGCAGCGACCUCUGCACACUACAGCUGGUCAUGGCAGUGCCGCCAAAGUUUGAAACCAUCAUGGAGGAUGUGGAUGUGUAUGCUGGAGAAACGUCCCGUCUGGCUGUUGUGGUCGAAGGGAAACCAGAUCCAGACAUUCAGUGGUACAAGGAUGAUCUACUUCUCUCCGAGAGCAGUUACUUCACCUUUGUAUAUGAUGACCCAGAAUAUUCUCUUGUGAUCCUCAAUGCCCACACCGAGCACUCUGGCGUGUACACGUGUACAGCUAAGAACAUAGCCGCGUCAAACUCGUGCAAGGCUGAACUGACAGUUCACACAGAGCGAAAAGAGGCCAUCGAACCAAUGGAAGAUGAGGGAACCAUUCUCAGGAAGAUGAGACGCUUGACAGACUACUAUGACCUCCACAAAGAAAUUGGCAGGGGGACCUUCUCAUAUGUGAAACGAGUGACUCAGAAGAAGGGAAAGAAGGAUUUUGCCGCCAAGUUCAUAUCUGCACGUGAAAAGAGGAAAGCAUCGGCACUGCGAGAGAUGCAACUGCUGUCCGAGCUAGACCACGAGCGGAUCAUCUACUUCCAUGACGCCUUUGAGAAAAAGAAUUUGGUGGUGCUGAUAACAGAGUUGUGUCACGAGGGACUGUUGGAACGAAUGUCCAGAAGAACUACAGUCACAGAGCGGGAAAUUCGUCAAAGUGUUCAGCAGGUGUUGGAAGGCCUUCGGUACCUUCAUGGGAAAGACAUUGCCCACCUUGACUUAAAGCCAGAAAACAUUUUGAUGGCAGUUGCUGGCAGUGAUCAGAUCCGCAUUUGCGACUUUGGUAAUGCCAUCAAACUGGAUUCGCAAGAGGACCACUACUGCAAGUAUGGCACACCAGAAUAUGUGGCACCAGAGAUUGUGAACCAAACCCCUGUCUCAACAGCAACAGACAUAUGGCCUGUCGCGGUCAUUACAUAUCUCUGUCUGACAGGAGUGUCACCAUUCACUGGUGAAAACGACAAAGCCACAGUGUUAAACAUUCGCAACUACAACGUGGCCUUCGACGAGAGCAUGUUCUCUGACCUCUGCAAAGAGGCAAAGGGGUUUGUCGUCAAGCUCUUGGUGGUGGACCAACUGAGGCCGAGUGCCAUUGAGUGCCUUCGUCACCCUUGGUUCAAGUCAGAAAGUAACAAGAACAUCUGCACAGCAAGGCUAAAGCAGGUUUUGUCUAGAAGGCGAUGGCAGCGCUCCCUACUCAGUUACAAAUCAAAAAUGGUGAUGCGGACAAUCCCAGAGCUACUUAACGACGCGACUAGCCAUGUGUCGAUUGCCGUGGCGCGGCAUUUAAAGGAAGGCUCACCACCACCUUCAUCAUCCUCUGACUCAGAUGCAGACGUGGAUGAGCUUCCCUUCAUUCCUAUGCCGCUAUCUAUGUUCUUCUCCGGUUCCAGAGUCUCCCUGAAUGAGAUGCCUGGGGAUGAACAUGUCACAGAGGGUCCCCAUGAUAUUGCUGAAAGAACUAAGGAAAACUCGGACACAGCUGGUGUCAAAGGAGGAAUUGGUAAAAUUGUGACACGUAAAGACGGCAACCCAGAUGAAGAGAUAAUUCAACAGACAAAUAGAGCUCCAUUUAAAAAAGGAUCAAGUACAGAGACUGAAGAGUCUCUGACAAAAUCAAGAAGAUCUACCAUGAGGAGAGGCAGCUCUGCUGACUCUGCAUUGUUGCUUCACAUGGACCUGGAGGAGGGUGAUAUCCAUGAAGCUAUAGAAACGAGCAGCAAUAGCCUGAAAAAGACAGUUUCUCUGGAACUGCCUAACCGUAGCCCAAGCCCUGGAAUGACAAAACUAAGCCAGGAGGAUUACGCCUUGAAACUGGAGCUCAUGAGACAGCGGCUACUCAGGGGAGGUAGCAUGGAUAAAAAGAUGAGCGGCCUGCGUGGGCCCUUAUUUGAAACACUUGGCAUGGAGGAUGAAAGACAGACAGGGUCUCUCGAUCGCAAUCUGAGGAGAUCCAGAGCGGGUCCAUCGACACUCAUGCGAGCAGCAUCCUCUGAGAGUGCUGGACAGGACAUACCAAAAAACAAAGUUUUUCAGAAAAGCGCCUCCUUCAGUCAAGGAGAUUCUGAAACAAUGCCCCUUCAUCGCAGGUAUGGAGCUCCCUUAGAAAUCCCAUCUAUAAGAAUUGGCAGCACUGAGGGGAAGAAGCUUCAGGAAGCAACAUCCAUGUCUGUCCUAACAGAACAAACGGCGAUGGAGUCACCCAUAGAGUGUGCCUCAUUUAUAUACCCAACAACAGGCAUAGUAGACCAACAGCAAAAACUGAACAGUCAAGAGAAAAGGACCAAUAACGAAAAAGUGAACAAAGCAGAAUAUGAGCAGAGAUCAUCUUCACUUGUUACUCCUUUAAUUGUGAUAGAAGAGGAUGAUGAAGCAAAAGAAAAAAGGAAAGUAUAUCUGGAUUCUCUUAUCAAUAAAGCAAAAGUGAUUGAAGAUAAACAAACAACAAAAAACACAAAAGCAUCCUCUGCACAUGAAAGCAUCACUGAAAAAGUGUCUGAUCAGUUGAAAGAACAUGAGCCUAAAGACACCUUAACACCUCAACACCCAGCUGUGUUUGCCAAAGUGGCAACUGCUGACCGAUCCUCUGCUUCCAUUUCCUCAUCUUCAAACCCAGAAAUUCCUGGCAUGCCGCACCACCCACUACUUAGAACAGAUAUCAAAGACAUUGACUCAGAGGAGGUCUUUGAAGCCAGAUUCAAGAAGCGGGAGUCAUCUUUGACCCGUGGCCUCAGAAAGCUAACCAGAAACAAAUCUGAGGAAAAAUCGCCUACACUGUGCCGUAAGAUCGGUGGUGGAGACGAUGAGGUUUACAGGCCAGGACAGAGGGGAGCCCCUCUUGAAAUGUUCUCCAAAGAGCUACAGGAGAAAUCUAAAUCAGUUCAAGACCUACGGGAAGAUAAGGAGAAAGAACCAGGCCUGAGUCUUAUUGGGAGGUUUUCAAUGCGGGGAAAGAGAUCAACAUCAGCUGACAAAGAAGGGGAAAAAUCAAAGGAAAGAAAGUCUCAGGGUGCUCAGGAAAGUGCAACCCCUAAGAGGGUUACUUGGGCAAUUGGUCGUAGUAAAUCUCUGGACACAAAGGAACAGGAGGAGAGAGAACGAACGAAAGCUGAUGAGUCUGCAGUCUCCGCUAUGAGGCGCAUGUUUGAGUCCAAAGUUGCUGGAAUCUCUGCCAAAAUAAGAAGCCAGUCUGAGGACAGGAAGGAUAAAGUUGCAGAGAGAAGCCAGAAAGAGCAGGAUCUGAAGAGGCUUACCGAUUCUCCCAUCCUAGCAAUCCGACAGAAGUUUGAGAAUAAAGUUGGAGGAAAUUCCACAAAAAUAUGCAGUCUGUCAGACCAAAGACAAGAGGACACAGAGGAAAAGAGGACACCCCUGUUUUCUCGCCAUCGCCACUCACACUCUGAGGGGCGAGGACUGAAAGGAACGGGUGUGCCUGAGAAUCAGCUUGCAAAAGAGGCAGGCGUGGGCACCUCGAAGGAGUCAAUCGAAUCCACUUCUAGUGUUCAUUCUGAGAAAGAGAAUGACCGGCGGUCUAGAUGGGACAGGUGGGGUCUGACCAAGGGCAAAAAAGACAAAACACCCUGUCACACUGACCUCAUUUUACCCACCCCAAAAAAGGAAGAGGCUCCCCACACUCAGAAGUUUGUCCGUUCCGCUUCAGAUUUCCCCCCUGUUUUCCACAUCAAGCUCAAAGACCAAAUCCUGCUGGAGGGAGACCAAGUCACCCUCAGUUGCCUCACUGCCGGAAGUCCGCAUCCUGACAUCGCAUGGAUGAAAGAUUCGAAAGCUCUGGAUGUAAACGACCGAAUCAGUCUGCUCUCCCAUCCAGACGGCAGGCAGCUUCUUACCAUCCUGAAGUGCAGUCAAAUAGAUGUUGGAGUAUACGAGUGUGUAGCUACCAACCCUAUCGCUGCCAUCACCACUUCUUGUACACUGACGAUAGCUUAUGUUCCCAAGCGGCCUGGAACCCCUGAAGUCCCUCAGACGUAUAACAACACUGCCCUGGUGCUGUGGAAGCCAUCUGACACCAAGCCACCGUGCAGCUACACUCUGGAAAGAAAGACUGAAGGUGAUUCAACAUGGCAAACUGUUGCCACCGGCGUGGUCGACUGCUACUACAAUGUGACAGACUUACCACAAGGUGUCGGGUUCCGGUUUCGCGUGUUCUGUGUGAACAAGGCAGGACAAGGGCCACAUAGCAACUGUUCAGCUCCAAUCCUUUUGGACUCAGCAGCUGUAGAGGCUUCACCCAUGGUGGCUGUCGUUAAGACUGCCAUACCUGGGCAUCUGGUGACCCCCUCUUGUCUCCCCCCAUUCACAUCCAUGUUUACCAUUACCACCGCCACCAUGACAGGUUCUGAAAGUGCAACUUCACCUGUGACAUCCCUUCCUCCAGCAGUACUGCCAUCAUUGGAUGGGGCUUCAAGAUCAAUAGCGACCUUGUCAUCUCCAUCUGCCAUCACAAACACGCGGGAUGUUCCAAAAAUAAGCUCUAAACUUCCAUCUGCACCAUUUGUAGUGGCCAAGCUCCAGAGUCCAGUGAAUAUUGUGUCUCCUAUGACCCAGAUCACAACCAGUCUUGUAACUCCUCCUUCAACUCCCACCAAACCUGCCUUAGGACCCAUUUACAUCCCCACCACCAUAGCUUCUAUGGUCCCAUCUCCAAUCUCCUUCUCCCCUAAAGUGCUUCAGACAUCCAGUCUGAGCCCCAUUGGUGAAGGGACCUGUACACCCACCAGAGCAACACCAGUUGGCCGCACUAUGCCCUCCACGGCUUUGCGCCAAGGGAUUCCACAGAAACCUUACACCUUCCUAGAAGAGAAAUCCAGAGGUCGCUUCGGAGUCAUCCGCGAGUGCCGUGAGAAUGCCACAGGCAAAAUGUACAUGGCCAAAAUCAUUCCCUACAGCCAGGAGAACAAAAAGGAAGUGCUAAAAGAGUAUGAGAUUCUGAAAUCUCUCCACAAUGAAAAAAUCAUGGCUCUGCACGAGGCCUAUGUCACGCCACACUAUGUUGUGCUGGUGGCAGAGUACUGCACUGGCAAAGAGCUGCUGCACAGCCUCAUUGAUAGGUUCCGCUACUCUGAGGAUGAUGUGGUCCAUUACUUGGUCCAGAUCCUUCAGGGAGUUGAGUACUUCCACAACCGUCGGGUCCUUCACUUGGACCUCAAACCUGACAAUAUUAUGGUGACAAACCAAAACACCAUCAAGAUUGUGGACUUUGGGAGUGCGCGGAGCUUCAACCCACUCAGUCUCAAGCAACAGGACCUGAGUGCAGUAACAUUGGAAUACAUGGCUCCUGAGGUUGUGAAAGGUGAAGUAGUGGGGCCUCCCGCAGAUAUUUGGACUGUUGGCGUUGUAACUUACAUCAUGCUCAGUGGACAGCUGCCCUUCGAAGAAAAAGAUCCUCAGCGUGUGAAAUCCAAGAUCCUGAUGGCGAAGUUUGACCCAGCGAGACUGUACCCCAACGUGUCCCAAAGUGCAUCAGCCUUUGUCAAGAAGAUGCUGAGCAGUUACGCUUGGGCCCGCCCAACCACACGUGACUGCUUCGCGCAAGCCUGGCUUCAGGACUCUUACAUGAUGAAGCUGAGGAGGCAGACCCUCACCUUCACCACGGGCAGACUCAAAGAGUUCCUGGUGGUGCAGCAGUGCCAUCGUGCUGAAAACACAACCAAGCACAAGGUCCUGUUGCGCAACUACCAGAAAACACCCCCGUCAUCUGGGCCUGAGCCACAUGUUUCCGACUGAAAGUGAAAUUCGUCAGGACGAUGUGAUUCCUGUUGGUUGCAUUUGGAAAUGUUGCAUGAUGCAUCACUCACUGCUCUGUUCUUCAGUAGAAAGACUCCAAAAUCUACAUGCAAGAGUUUCAACUUGGAAUAAGACUUCAUCAUUGCUAAAUACUCUUUGGUUGACUGCACAUUUCAGUCAAUCUCUCCCAUUUUCAGUUAAAUUCUAAAACUGCUCAUUCAGCACAAAACAUCAUCAACCUACUUUUACAUAAUGCAUCACCCAGGGGAAUGUAUAGCAUACUUUGAGCUGCUAACUUAUGUUUGCAUUUACUUAUACUACUUACUUACAUUUUAGAUCUCAAAACCAAAUAACUUUUCCUUAAAACUGUUUACUUUUUCAUGUUAACUUAUUUGCAUGCGUGUGCGAGUGUAAGCAUCUCUAAAUCACUUUUUGACUCACUAAGGCUAGAAAAAUGGUGUAUUUUUGUGGUUGCUGGAUAAGGAUCACACAGUAAAAAUUUAGGAUGCAAUUUAUGCAUCUGUGGUUGAACAUGUAUUAAAGGUAGGCUAUACACUGGUUAAUUGCUGUGGUUCCUCAGUAUUACACUUACCUUGGUGAAAUCAUGUUUGCCCAGUCAGUGCCUAGAUUGGAGUAAAAUCCAAAAUACAUUUAUAUUAAUUUGUCUGAUGGUUCUAAUUCAUGUGAUGAGAAAGCUGAACAAACAUUUAACCCCUCUGUUGCAAUUUUACAAGACAGACUCUGACAGAAACAAUAGCAUUUAAUAGUCGUGUGUGUGUUACUCCCGCAACAUUACUUUUUCUAUGGAUUUGGAUGGUUGCAGAUUUCUAAAUGUGCCAAUUUGCUGUGUUUAUAUGUGGGAAAUAUUUUUUUUUUCAGACACAGUAUGUAAUAAAGUAAAUGUCUAUUUUUUGUGAGUGCCCCACAAAUUUGAAUGUAGUCCUUUUUUUCCCUAUAUAUUGUAUAUACUGUACAAUUAGGUUUUACAUCUGUGUGGGCAUUGGACCCUUACAUUUAACAAGUACAAUCACUCUGAAUAUACCACUCGUUUUUUGUUUUUU